AUGGGUCCUUUUUCAAAAAACCACGCAAUCGAAGACGUCGAGGCGCUGCCAUCCGAGAAGCCGACAUACGAGAAUGACAGCGGCGAAUAUAUCCCUGAUGACGGCGCUGUCCACGCAGAGGCCUUCGUUGUGGGAGAAUCUUGGUACGCGAAGGCGCAAAGAUUCGCAGGAAAACUCGGUGUUGAGCAGCGGGGUAUUGAGCGUGUGCCCAGUGAUGAGCGUACAGAUUCUAGCAUGACCCAGUUUGGAACGCUGUGGCUAAGCGCAAAUAUGGUCGUCUCGUCUUUUGCCAUCGGGGCGCUCGCAUAUCCGAUCUUUAAUCUUGGAUUCAUUGAUACGAUACUGGUCAUCUUCUUCGUCAACCUCUUAGGAAUAACUCCAAUCUGUUUCUUCUCAACUUUUGGCCCUCGAUUUGGAUUAAGACAGAUGGUGUUGAGCCGUUUCUGGUUUGGAUAUCAUGGUGUGAAGCUCAUUGCCCUGUUCAACAUCCUAGCUUGUGUUGGUUGGUCUGCUGUAAAUGUCAUUGUUGGCGCGCAGCUUUUCAAUGCAGUCAACGAAGAUAUGCCUGGGUGGGCUGGUAUCCUAGUGAUUGCUGUUGCAACACUCGUUAUCACUCUUUUCGGUUAUAAGAUUGUCCACACAUACGAGCGAUACUCUUGGAUUCCUUGCUUCAUCAUCUUCCUGAUAGUCUUAGGGGAGUUUGCACACUCUGGGAGCUUCCGGAAUAUUCCCAUGGGGGUGGGAAAGUCUGAAGCUGGAUCUGCUCUUUCGUUCGCUGCAUCUGUAUAUGGCUUUGCCACCGGAUGGACGUCUUAUGCUGCCGAUUACACCGUGUAUCAACCUGUUGGUCGCUCCCGCAGAUCCAUCUUCCUUUGGACAUUCGCAGGACUCUCAAUACCCCUUGUUUUCACCCAAAUGCUUGGCGCCGCAGUUGCCACAGCCAUGUCAAUUGACGAUGGAAGUAAUGCAUACAAGGAUGGCUAUGAUUCGUCAGGAAUAGGCGGUCUUCUCGGCGCUGUUAUUAUCCCUCCCCUUGGUCGAUUCGGCGAAUUCUGUCUAGUCAUCCUAGCACUCUCCAUCAUCGCCAACAACUGCCCCAACAUCUACUCCGUAUCGCUCACGGUUCAAAUGUUUGCUCAAUCGACCCAGCACAUCCCUCGGUUCCUCUGGACACUUAUUGGCACAGUCGUAUACGUAGCAAUUGCAAUCCCAGGUUAUGGCCAUUUCGAAUCCGUGCUUGAGAAUUUCAUGUUGGUCAUCGGGUACUGGCUAUCCAUUUAUGAAGGGAUUUCUCUCUCCGAGCAUAUCUUCUUCAAGCGCGGAUUCAGUGGUUAUAGGCCUCAGGAUUAUGAGGAUGCGAGCAAACUCCCUCCUGGGUUCGCUGCUAUCCUUGCUUUCUGUAUUGGCGCGAUGGGUGCCGUACUCGGGAUGGCUCAAGUGUGGUUCACCGGCCCCAUCGGCAAGCUCUGUGGAGGCGACUUCGGAGGUGAUGUAGGUUUCGAACUUGGUUUCUCCUUCGCUGCGGUCUCAUACUGUAUACUUCGGCCUUUUGAAAAGAGAUACUUUGGUCGGUGA